ACAUGGCAUGUAUGUUAAGAUUCAUUUGGAUGAUUUUUGCUAAAGCAGGCUCUAUAUGGGUUGCUUGGGUCAAGGAGUACCUGCUAAAAGACAAGAGUUUCUGGUAUAUCAGUAUUCCUGUGAACUCAACUUGGGGGUGGAGGAAAAUACUAAAGCUUAGAAGCUAUGCUAGAGGAUUAAUACAGCAUGUACUUGGUGAUGGUAGUGAUAUCUUCCUUUGGCAUGACUAUUGGCAUCCUUCAGGACCAUUAAUACUUGCAUAUGGUGCUAAGAUUGUACCAGAUUCUGGUUUGCAAUUAUUUGCCAAAGUGUCAGAAGUAGUAAAUGGGAAUUUUUGGAAUUGGCCCCCUGCUCGUUCUCCCCAGCUUGUACAAAUUCAGAUGGCUUUGUUUGACACACUAUAUCCUAAAAGUGGAAAGAAAGAUUUAGUUAUUUGGACAGCCUCUUCCUCUAGAGUGUUUGAUACAAGUAGUGCAUGGCAUUCUCUACGAGCUAAGCAAAGGAAAGUGCCAUGGCACAAGUUGGUUUGGUUCUCACAUGCAAUUCCCAAGCAUAGUUUCAUUGGUUGGCUAGCAAUAUUGGACAGAUUAACAACGAGAAGUAGACAGAAAAAGUGGACCUCUAGCAUUGAUGACACUUGCUUGUUUUGCAGCUCAGGAGUAGAAACUAAUGAUCACCUAUUUUUUAACUGCCAGUUUACAAAACAAGUAUGGCAAACUGUUUGUAGCAUGGCAGAAAUUCCUUUAUUUUGUUCUUGGCAAGGGCUACUAGCUUGGUUGGGGAAAAGCAUUAGAAGGAAGUCCGUAUAUUGUGCUCUUAUAAAGCUUGCAUGGAAUGCUACUGUGUAUCAUGUUUGGCGAGAAAGGAACAGUAGAGUUUACAGGCAACAAUUCAGAUCAGUUUCACAGAUUGUAAAUGAUAUUCUUUUUGAUGUGAGGAACAAGGUUUUAGCCUUUGCAACUCCAAAGUCCUCUUCACUACUGAUGUCUAUAGCAGUGCAGUGGGGACUUGUACAGGUUCAAAAGCCACCAGUACAGUCUUAGAUGAAAUCUUUCCUUGGUUAGAGUUGUAAUUGAUUGUAGUAGCAACUGACUUGCUGCUUAUGUGUAUAUGCUAGUUUUAAUGGAUAAAUAAAAUUUUACAUUUUAU